UAAAACAUUUCAUGGGGUGUACGUUUCUGAAAAAAUAUUUUUUUCAAGCUUUUUAAUGUACUGUUUUCCUUCUUCAUAUGACCGUAAAUCUUUGGAUUUUGCAUUGUUGGUUGAACAAAAGAAGUUAUCUUUUAGAUGUAACCUUGGGCUCUGGGAAACUGGUGGGCAUUAUACACAAUCGUUUGACAUUUCAUAGACUAAACAAGUCACUGUGGAAAUUAUUGGCCGAUUAAUCAAUAAUCAAAAAUAAUCAUUAGUUGCAGCCCUUAUCUUAACCUGUGCCUUGCUCUGUCUUAAAGGAUGCAUUACACUUCAAUGAUAGUUUCCAGUAUUUGCAAUCACCAUUGCAGCUUGAACACAGAAUGUUUAUUAUCUGCAUUAUUGGUUAAUGUAUUGUUGUUCUAAUUAAUGUCUGAACUUCUGAGCAAAUCAGUCCAUAUAUCAAAUAGCAAAAACUAUGACAAUCAGAGGUCUGACCCAGACUGGUGUACUGAAUUAUCUUAGUCAAGGCUAUUCAUGUACUACCACAGGCUAAGUAUUAGAAAAUAAUGAAAGCAAAUAUUCUAAAGCAUUCAUGAUUGAAUUAAUCUAGUGUUGUGACUGCUGCUGUGUUUGGUGUGUACAUGUUGAAAUGUGAUGAGCAAGAGAUGAAAUAUUAUGACUUGUUCUGGAAUACUUUGGGACUGUCCUUACUUAACCUGGGACUUUAGUUUCUGUCUUAGUUGUCUAAGCAUUGCAUUGUUUUUAGCUAUUUUAAGUGUGGAACUCUACCGUUCUUCCAAAAGAUAUUGUUGUCUCAUUUGGUGUUUAGAUGACGUAGUGGAGAGCGUUCUCAUAGGUGUUGAGUUGGGCUGAGAUCAUACAGUGAGCCCUCAUCACCUGUAUGGAAGCAUCUGUUUAUUCUUUCUCUGUAAUACUUUACUCCUAGUUGGUCAUUUUUCUUUCAUUUGUCACUUGUGCAUUUGCAAAACGUCUGUGCUCCAUAGAGGAGAUAAAGGGCGUGGGGCUCAUUAAUAAACCAUUGAAUGGUCUUAUUAAAUAGCUUUAGUGUGGUUGGGACUCUACACCAUUUGUGCUUUGAUUGGCAGGAAGUGAUGUGGGACAAUGUGUCUGUGUGUGUGUGUGUGUGUGUCCCCAGAGAUGUGGUAUGGAGUGUUUCUGUGGGCAGCGGUCUCCUCUCUGGUGUUCCACCUGCCUGCGGCUCUGCUCGCCCUCGCCACGCUGCGCCAGCACAAGAUGGCCCGAUUUAUGCCCAUUGCCAUCCUCCUCAUGGGCAUCGUGGGACCAGUUUGUGGGGGAGUCCUCACGAGUGCAGCCAUAGCGGGUGUGUACAAGGCCGCAGGAAAGAAGAUGAUCUCUUUGGAGGCUCUUGUUUUUGGCGUCGGACAGUCGUUCUGCGUCCUCCUUAUCUCCUUCCUCAGGGUACUUGCCACCCUUUAGCAGUGCUAAGACCAACCCGGCUGACCCUCGCACUGCCUGCCUGACACCAGUCGCACCUUCUAGAGACGGGACCUGAGCUCACGGUACAACACUAGAUUCUUGGCAAACCCUGUGCCAUGUGUAAACCAGACAGGCCUGGGACAUGAUGUCAUUUCCUACUGAUGGACCAGGACCGGAGCAGAUUUUGUUCAGCUGUCAAAGAAAGAGUAGUGUGGAAAGUGGUGGUGUGUGUUACACAGCACUAAGCCUUCUAGGACAGCACAAUGCUGCAUUCACAUCACACACUACACCCAGUGUAAGCUGUCUAUUUAAAAGUACCACAAACUAAAACCCACCAAUCAGUAGAAAAUAAUAAUAAUAAUAUAUAAAUAAUAAUUAUUCUUGUAUGAUGUGAAGGCAGCAGGAUGCUGUUCUCCCCUGUUGCCAGGGGUUACAGGUUAGCAGCAGGAUGACACUAACCUUUCUCAGGGGCUGUGUGUGUGU